ACCUCCCUUUUCUCUCCGGAAGUUUGACUGGAGAAUAUUUUCUCUUUUUUCGAUAGACAUUUUCGCAAGUCUGUUCGCAGAUUUACAAAGAACUCAGUGGGAUAUGGAGUGAGCCAGGGGAGGUAAACCAUGGGUUAUGAACUGAACAGAUUUGAAGGUGACGUUGAUGAGGAGCUUGUGUGUCCUAUCUGUGGUGGUGUGCUGGAAGAACCCCUGCAGGCGCCGUCCUGUGAGCAUGCGUUCUGCGCCUCGUGCAUUCAGGAGUGGUUGACGCGACAACCAACGUGUCCGGUGGAUCGUAACCCCAUCACACCAAACCAGCUGAAGCCAGUACCUCGUAUACUGCGCAACCUCCUCUCCAGGCUACAGAUUAACUGUGAUAAUGCCAGUUUUGGCUGUACAGUGGUUGUAAAGCUAGACAUGUUGCCUAACCAUCUGAAUGAAUGUGAGUUCAACCCAAAGAAGCCAGUCCAUUGUGAUCUGGGCUGCGGACUGGUUGUGCCAAAAGAUGAACUUAAGGAGCACAACUGUGUGAGAGAGUUACGGAACCUGGUGCAGCAGCAGAACCAGAAGAUAGCAGAGAUGCAGACAGAGAUAGCGGAACACAAACUGCAGAUCAACGAGCAAAAACGGGAAUUGCAGCUUCUCAAGGAGUACAUGCGGUCGAUGAGAGUGUCCAACCCUCGGAUGAGAGAGAUCCAGACAGAGAUGGAGCAGUCUGACAUCGUCAGAUGGACCAACAGCUUGGUGACUGCCCGUGUGACCCGCUGGGGUGGGAUGAUCUCCACCCCUGACGCCGUGCUGCAGGCAGUGAUCAAGCGUUCUCUGAUAGACAGCGGCUGCCCCUCCCACAUCGUCAACGAGCUGAUGGAGAACGCUCAUGAACGGCGGUGGCCGGCCGGUCUGGCCACCCUGGAAACACGGCAGCUCAAUAGGAGACAGUAUGAGAACUAUGUCACCAAACGUAUACCAGGCAAGCAGGCGGUGGUUGUGACGAGCAUCGAGAACCAGCACAUGCCGGAGGAUCUGAUCAUGGAGCCAGGCCUAGUGAUGAUCUUUGCUCACGGAGUAGAGUGAGGGGCACAGGCUGUACUUAGGUAGAUGGUCUUUAGAAGGAAUUCAGAAUAUCUGCUGCUUCACAGAUUGGGUCAUCAUAUUUGUUUGAUACAUUGUUGUACAUUGUUAUUUAUUUAUUUACUCAUUUUUCAUUUUUUCUUUCACAUUGUUUAGUUUUCAUUGUUUCCAUCACCGUUUGCCGACCAUUUCUGUUUUGCGUUUACCAAUAAUAUAUUUAUAUUUUCUAA